GCAUCUGGCAGACUAGCGGAAACCAGAAGCCUUAUUAGGGAUGCUAUCAAUCAGAGGAGCCCGACUACUCGGGGUUUUUAGACCUCGGAUGAUGACGUUUCGUCCAAUCACUACAUACACCGGAAGAAAGCCCGUGAAUGAAACUACCGUCAUUGAAAGUUCCAACUUCGGCGAAGACACAAGCAUCAGUGAUACCGGUUUUAUUUUGCACGUCAAGGAUAGAACAACUCUAUACAUAGAUCACAUUUGUCCUCCAAAAAAAUCCAAGUGGGACUACUCGCAAUUCGUAUCACCAAUUUUUUACCCAAGUUCAGCAGAAGCUAUGGUGAAGUUUGUCACGAAUUUAACACAGUCUUACUCUGAUGUGAAGAUUUUCCCUGUUCCCAGAGAUGGUGGUGCAUUUGUAUCAUUCAAGCUACCUGCUGCAACGACUCCCCAAUUGUACAAUAAAUCGUUGAUUUACAACCUUACCGAAAAGAUGUCCAAAACUCAUCGUUUUUUUUUGCGUAUGGGGAUUUUUCCUGUUAAAGGUAUUCCUUGGGUUGAAGAUAUGGGUAGAUAUGCCUCACCUACCUUAAAGGUCAAAUUCGAAGGUGAUGAGUUAUCACAGGAAUCCCUUUAUGCCAUGUUCAGAAGAUAUGGUAAAAUUUCAGAUAUUAACCUACCUAAACCAGGAGAUAUGGAAAGAGUUGCACUUGUUACAUUUUGGUCAACUCGUAGUGCAAUUUGUGCUAGACAUUGCCUAACAGGCGCUGAUAUAGGUGGAACUAUCGUCCAUAUUCAUUAUAAAAAGAGGGUAAAUGAUCACUGGUUCCCUACACUAGUUAGAGACCAUCCGAGAAUUGCCAUUCCUCUGCUGCUAGCACUAAUGGCAGGUUUUGCUGUUUUGAUCUUUGAUCCGAUCAGGAGCUGGUUCAUUAAGGAGAAAAUCAAGGGUGAAUUGGAUUGGAGUAAGAGUUUAUGGUUUAGGGAAAUUUGGAGAGGAUGGAUUACCACGAGAAAUAAAGUUAAAGGCUUGUUAAGCUUUCAACAAUCUGAAGAUGCAGACUGGGAAUUAUGGAGUGAAAUUGAUGAUUUAAUGGAGGAAAGAAAUAAAAAGGCUAAAGAAAUUAAAAUAUGGCUUGAAGAAAAUGUCAAUUCUAUGAUUGUUGUGCAAGGCCCAGCAGGUAGUGGGAAAAGAAAUUUAGUAAGCUCUAUGGUCUUGGGAAACAGAGAUAAUGUGUUGUAUGUUGAUUGUGAAAAUAUCAUUAAAUCACGCAAAGAUUAUCAAUUAAUCCAAAAUUUUGCACAUGAAAUCGGUUAUUUCCCUGUUUUUUCCUUCCUUACAAGUAUUUCAAGUUUUGUGGACUUAUUUGUGAAAAGUUUGACCGGGCAGAAUGCUGGUUUAACGGAAACGAAAGAGUCUCAAAUUUCGAGUAUGUUGACUCUAUCCUUAGGUUCCAUCAGGGAUUUGGCUCUUUCCAACUAUUAUGAGCUAAUGUCGUCAAACCAGGAUUUCUACAUGAAGGAAGAAGAUUAUUUACAGCAAAACCCUCAAUGCAAGCCUGUUAUUGUCAUUGAUAGAUAUCAAGCUGCUAGAAAGAAAAAUCAAGCUAACUCCUUUAUAUACAAAUCACUGGCGGAAUGGGCUGCAAACUUGGUUCAGCUAAACAUUGCCCAUGUUAUUUUCAUUACAGAUGAUGUAGGAUCAAUUCAAGAAAUGAUAUCAUCAUUGCCUACUGCUCCAUUGAAAAGAAUCGUUUUAUCCGACGCUUCUGAGUUAGCUUCAAACAUAUAUGUUAACCACUCUUUAGAAAAGGAUAAAAAUAUUCAGACCGAAAAAGAUCAAGAAGAGUUGGACAGAUAUGCUACAUUACUUGGUGGUCGUAUGAGAGACUUGCAAAUGUUUGUUCGCCGGAUUAAAUCGGGUGAUACGCCAAAAGAAGCGUUUGAAGGUUUGACUCAACAGGCCGUCGAGCAGCUAUCUCAAGUUUUCCUUACUUCAACUGCAGACUACGGUUUCAACGUUUCACAAGCAUGGCAAAUCAUUAAACUUUUGAGCGAUAAAGCAGAAAUCGACUACGCUGACAUUUUCUUGUUGCCUAUGUUUAAGGCAAAUACUUUCAUGAUUUUACAAAGUAUGGAGAACGCAGAAUUAAUUCGUUUGGUCCGCGUUGACGGUGUUGUAACUAAAGUUAUUCCAGCCAAACCCGUUUUUUCUGUUGCAUUCAAACAAAUGGUUAGCGAUCCCGAAAUAUACCGUGCCAUUGAGAAGGAAUGUUUACUGGGUCAAAUUGAGUUUGAAACGAACCGUGUCCGUAAAUUUGCUGAAGACCUGAAUAAAUUCAAAGAGGUUCCUGAGCCUAAACUUUUCAAGGAAAGACUCAAGUAUUUGGGUGGUAAGAUAGAAACUGGUACGGCUUCUAUAAAUAGAUGUGAACAGGAGAUGGUUGAGUUGAAGGAAAAGAAAUAGAUUUUGUUGUAUAGUUAUAUAAGAAAGCUCUAGCUUGUUCUUAUUUAUUUUAGAAUAGUUACAGUUUUCGAUUUUUGGGAAAGAAAAGAAAUAUUUACAU